CUUAUUCUCGCUUCUCUCUCUCUUUCGGGCAAAGAACUCCUCAAGGAGGCCUUUAGGUCUUCUCCACACGUUUCUCUCUCCUUCACCCUCGAUCCCUUCCUUUUUCCUCAAAUUCCACGCCUCCUUCUCCUUGAAGUCCCCGACCUCCACCUUUCGCGCCUUCUCCGACGCCGAGGAGGACGAAGAAGACGAUGAAGAAGAAGACCAAGACUAAGACAACGUUUCUAUCGACGAAUACGACGACGUUUCGGGUGAAGCUUCCAACGAGGCUGACGUAUUCCCUCAAAUUCGACGUCAAUGAGCUCGCCUCAGUCUACGACUUCCGCAUUGACAAGUUUCAGUGGCAAGCGAUACUGGCUUUUUUGAGAGGCUUCUCGGUGGUGGUUUCCGCUCCGACGAGCAGCAGGAAGACGCUGAUUGGGGAGGCCGCGGCAGAAUUGUCCACCAUUUCGGUUAAGCUACCAGGGGCUGGGAGAGCCCUUGUGCUUUGCAGCAUUUGGGCCUUUUGCCACUUGUGCUUUUUAUUUAUUACAUGGCAGUUCAAGUGUGAUGAACCAUUUCCCCUUAAGUGGAACGGUUCUUUCAGCAUCAAUUCUUGUUGGCUUCACAACAUCUCUUAUCUUGUUUUGCAGUCAUUUCCAUCAGGUGGAAGGAGACAGGGAGGUUGGGAAAAUGUCACCUUUGGUUAGACUUGACACUAAAAAAGGUGCAGAGGUAGUGAAAGGGGCAAUCUUUAUGCUCUAUGCUCUUUUGGUUGCUUUUGGUCUAAUCAAGG